AUGCGAGUCCCUAUUGCUCAAAUUAUUUUCCUCGCCUCUCUGGCGUCCGCUCGUCCUCAGGAGCAGCCAGUGUGUGCUUCACCGUCGUGUACCGAAGCAGCGGAAGUUGUUCCUGCUAGACGUAACAUUCCUCUACCUACACCAACACCCGAACCCAACGCGAACCCCCAACCACCACCACGCCAAGUCAUCAACGACACAGCCAUCAUGAAUGCCCUAGCCGGUACCUACUCCCUGGUAAACACAUCUAGCACGCUCAAUGGCGUUUCCAUCCCGGACCUCCCCUAUGGGGAAGCCCCAGUCGGCCUCCUCAUCUACACAGCCACAGGUUUCAUGAGCGCAACCAUCACCGCCACAGAACCAGAGUUCCGUCCUAACCUUACUUUCCCUUACCAAGCCAACGACACAGACGCCGAUUGGGCGCAAGUUGGCAAGCACAGCAUCGGGUACGCUGGACCUUUCCGUGUCAAUGACGAGCUGCCUGCUACCGAGACUGAGGGUCAGAUCUUCCAUGGUCCGCUAACGGUGGCCAACGUGCCAACGUGGGUUGGUCAGAAUCAUAGGAGGAAUUACACGGUCGUUGAGGUGGAAGAGGAGGGCACAGUUGUCAAGUAUCUGAGGAUUGGAAGUGAACGUGGUGGAGGAUAUCGUGGUGUGCUUUGGUGGAAGAGGCUUGCUUGA